GGUGGUCAAACUGCGCAUUUGGCGUCAUUGAUAACAUGGCCAAAUUGCGUUCUACCGUUCAGGUCAGUCUGAUUGCAACAGUUUUUUUUUGCGCUUCAAAAUGCUCUUUCGUUGGCAUUGGAAAACAGCAACCCAGAACGGUGGCCGUCGAUCUGAAAGCCGAAGGCAAUGGCAGGCCGGUUGUUGCUGUACUUGGAGCCAGUGGCCGCACAGGGGCCAUGGUAGUGGAGGCGCUUGCAGCCACCGCAACACCGAGGGCAUUGACUAGAUCUGGCAAAUGGCAGCCGCCGCAGGACUCCAAACUGAAAUUGGAAGAGGUGCAAGUUGGGCAGGCCGAUGUCACAAAUCCCAGUAGUUUGGCCGCGGCUUUGGCUGGCGUGUCUGCCGUCGUGUUUGCGGCUGCCUACUCGCGGGGAAAGACGCAACCCGAAGAUGUGGACAAUGCUGGCCUUGUGAACUGUGCCAAGGUCGUUCUGGAAAAGGACAUCGGGCGCCUCAUUGCGGUUAGCAGCGCUUCUGUCACCCGACCGUAUGCUCCAGUUGGCAUUUUGUUGAACACGAUUGGAUCAGGCGUCUUGAGCGAGAAACUGAAGGGCGAGAACAAGAUCAAAGAGAUGUUUGAGGGCACUGAGUCGACCUACACCAUUGUCCGGCCUGGCGGAUUGACAAUGGAUCCAGCAGUCGGCUUUGCUGAGCUGCAGUUCAACCAAGGAGAUACAUAUGUGGGGAAUGUGCCACGAGCAGAUGUUGCCGCAGUUUGUGCUGUUGCUGCAACAGAUCCCUUGAACAGUGGAGCAGGAAAAACUUUCGAAAUGUUCAAGGCCCGCACUCGGCAGCCGCUCUUGCCGUGGUAUCGUGGAAAGACUCGAUACAUCGUGGGAAAUGUUCCUGAUGGAAGUGCCAUGCUCGCUCGUCUCAGGCCGGACAGCGAGGUCUAUGACGUACCUGGAGCUCUGCCAAUUUCAUUGGAUGAUUUUGCGUUGGGUUGGGCGCGGAAGUGAGUGCUUACCGCAAGCUUGCAAGUUUUCCUCAGAUUUUCAGCCUAAGGGGAUUUUCCGCACACCUUGUGCGAUGGAACGCAUUCUUCGUUUUCGCUGACUGGUGCAAAUGGUUUUCGUGUCAAAA